UCCGGACCGCGUGGGGCGCUGGUGCAGUUGCAAUUGCAGCGUCGCGCCGGCAGCUCAGUGUCGCCUGUGCCUCGUGCGUUCGCAGUCCGCCCGCUCCUGGACGCUCGUGUCCGACCUCCCGACUCCGCGGCAGUGUCGUCUCAGUGUGAAUCAACUCUCGUUUCGGUGUGAAUUAACUCAGUGACAGUGACCGUGUCCAGUGCAGUGGCUCCCUUCGCCAUGGCCUCCGACGUCACGUCGGGAUUCCAGAACAAGUCGAGGGUCAAUUCCCGCGCCCCGAGGUGCUGCGUGCGGUGCCGGAACCACGGCCUGAAGAAACUCGUGCGUGGACACAAACGCUACUGCCCGUACACUCUGUGCCCGUGUCGGUUGUGUCUGGCCACGAAGGAGCGCCAGGUGCACAUGGCCAAGACGAUCAAGAAGCGCCGCUACUUCUUGCAGGAUCUGGCCAUGCAGGCGCACCCGGACCCGAAGAUGCCCAAGCACCCGGAGCCGAUCCCACAGAUGCCGAUCAUCUACAAGCCCCCGGAGGUCACGACCCUGCCGCAGGGUCCGCCGGGGCCCGGCCCCGUGGAGCCCCCCAGGGAUACCCCGCCGACGUCACCCGUCGGGUCCCUCCCGCCGCCGUCGCACCAGAAAGCAGCGUCCGUCAAAUCGGAAGCCUCGCUUCCCACUUCCAGCCCAUACAGAACACCUAUAGACGAAUCACUGUGGGAGUCAUCGAUAGGUUCAAAAAUUAGGACUCUUAUUGAAAUGUUCAACUUCCAAAGGGAUGUUGACAUUUAUUCGUUACUGUAUGUCAUUCUCCGAUAUACGACAUCAGAUGUAAUGGAAGUCUACAAUAAAAUAGUCGAAGGGCGUGUGAUCUGCGUGGAGCGGGCGCGGGAGUGGUCGCAGCAGCCGCGCUACGCGCCUCCCCCGAACCUGUUCAGCAACUGCACCUCGGCCAUCGGCGCCUGCACGCUCUUCCCCAUCCCCCCCGCCACCGCCGCCCUCCUCAGGAGCACAGACAAACAGUCCUUGCCCAUUCCUUGUCCAGAGUCUGAAGAGAGGUUAAUAAGGCCCGAUUUCUGGACGCUAUUCCAUACCAACCUUCCAAAAUGGUCGACGCUAGGUGACGUAACUUCAUUGAACCGGGCGCCAUCCAGAUAAGCAUGCACCAUGGCAUGCACUUGAAGCAACCAUUACUCAUGGCCAUGUUACCUAGGAGGCUGAGUUGAAGCUGAGACUCGCAGACCGUGGGACAAAGGAACGGACUGUUGGACGAGGAACUCGGGACGUGGAACUUCACGUUGCGCACAUCAAAUUUGGACCACAAAAAGCAGAGACUAAAUGAAAGAGAAUCUAAUUGUCAAAAAUCUGUGUGUGUUUUUUUUAUAUUAUGAUGAUAUCUAAGUCGUCUCGUUCAGAGAGAGGGAGAGAACGAAUUCUCUAACUCAUGCCAUCAGGACACUAAAUGUUUCAAUUCAGAAAACCAUAAUUUUUCGGCUCUUGUCAAAGGUUUUGUAAGUUAAAAUUCAAGUAAGCAAAUUUGUAUCAUAGAUGUUCAAAUAUUUUAGUUCGUGACCGAAAAAGAUUCAAAUCCGAAUAUUUUAGUGUUCUGAAAGAGCAAAAUUCCAUUCGCCGCGUCACGUAGAAAAAAUAAAUUGGUUGAAUUUACUGAGCUCCAGAACAAUAUUUCUCCGCUUACACUCCUCAUCGUAUCACGUGAUAUCACUCCUCCACCGUGAUAUCACAAUCGAUAUGUUUUGGUUGCCUCAACGAGAAUUCAAGCUCAGUCAUCUCGAUUUUGGCUUUUUGGAUUUUUUUUUAACUGUUCGGAGUCUACAACUACUUGAAUUUCUCUAAGGGUGACUGAAAAGUUCCAUCCUUUUUUCUUUUUUCUUUUUGAAAAUUUCAUUAAAAUUUAGUUCAAACAACUAAAUGGAUCAUUUUUUUCUGCGUGACGCACGUGAGUCUACUUUUCACCGCAAGUAUCGCUCAUUUUAUACGCAGAUGGCGAUUUCAUAAUACCCUCUCUUUCUUAAGGAAUGCCUGAUUUUUGCACUCAUAUGUCGAGGAUCAAUUGGCUUGAACAAAGCUUUCCAAGUGUCUCUUAUCAAUAAUGCGUGUUUCAUCUGUCAAUCAUAUCUCUUCCUCUGAUAAUUGACUAUCCUGUAUGGGAAAUGACCUAUAUUGGGAGUGAGCUUAUCCACCAGCUGAGAUAUCGAUUAGUGUUGGGUGAUAUCUCCUGUUUUGAUUAUCCGCGAAUGAAGUACUUUUCCACCAGAAUUUUUUCAGAAAAAUUGUAUCAGUAAAUCCUGAUGUUAAAUAAUUUUUGCAACCCUGAUCAAUCAACUUGAGGUGAUUCCUCUCAGAAAGUGAACAAACAUCGAUAUAUACCGAACGAAUAUUGCUAACGUACGAGUUUUGCUUUUCACUCUUUGUAAAAAAGAGAGCUGAAAUAGUGUUAUAGAAUAGCUUACUGCAGCAGUCUUUUAAUGAAAAAAUUCCUUCGAAAACCCUUACUUAGAGGCAAACGAGACUUAACGCAAAAAUCCCACUUUGAUUUGACUAAUCGAAUGCGAUAUUUCGAGUUUAGUCUCAUUUGGCUUUAAUUUAGGGCUUCCGGAAGAGGCUUUUCACCAAUUGACUGCUGAAGUACGCUCCUACCCCGUUUCAGCCCCUUUUUAAAAAUUGAAAAGGAAAACUCGUAUUUUAACAAUUUUUGUUGCUUUUGCAAUAUCAAAAUUUGUUUGAUGUAUCGAUGUUUGUUCACGUCCUGAGAGGAAUCAUCCCACACUGAGAAACUACAGUAGAUACGGGCCAUUUUCCAAAUGGACUAGACUUCUUGGUUUUGUAGUAUUGAACCACUUAGUUAACCGCUACUAAAAGGUUUCAAUUAACCUUUUGAAUCAGAAAACGCCUCUGAAAUUAUCGGUCAUCAUAGCUUAAUUUUCCUCAUGAAAAAAUUCUAGCCUCGAAAUUGACAAAUGAAACACGCUAAUAAUUUUCGCAGCGCAACGUGGAAGCACGGUGAAAAUUCCGGUGAACUUACGUGGAAAUUUCGAAAAUUCCGGAGGAUUUUCUCCGGAAAAAGGAGAGUCCGGGAGAGCAACCAAACGAGAAUGGAAGCGAAAGCGUGUCAAGACCCAACUCGCCGCCGACCCAUUCAUAUUCUACUCAAAAAUAAUCGCGUUUCCGAGACAACUCAAUAAUUACUCAUGUGCCAAUCCACCAUUUUAAUGUUUAAUACCAAAUUUAAAUCGACUUUUGUGAUACUGAAUUUUAUUUAGAAUGUUUUAAUAAUUGUAAUUUAGGCUUAAGUAUUUCUGUCUCUUCUCGAUCACCUUUGAUUGUGAUAAUUUUUGUCGUUUUAUGUAAAAAGAUGUCGAGAGAGUGUCGCGUUUGUGCUGUGAUGUACCCGCGGACUGCUACACUGGAUUUGCCCUGGUUUUCGUGGUCUUGUUAAUUUGCCGUGCUAAGGAAAAGCACCGUAUGAGCAUUUAGGUGUUGCCAAAUUUCCUUUGAUACAUCACGAUUAUUCGGGAAUAUUUAUGAACACUUUUCCUCCGAUUUUUCAGAGAAUUACGUUCGCACUUUGAUCUAAAACGUCUGAAGAUUUCAAGGGAAAAUAUUCAUAACUUUCUUCAAGGAUAAAUAUUUUGUAAGAGGAAAUUUGGCAACAUGCGAAUGCUCACACUGCGUUCUUCCUUAGCACGUCAGUAUUCGACUACGGAGAGAUUUAUACUUUUCUUCCGAUUUUCUCGUUUUUUCAUCGACUCAAAACAGCUGCAUAUCGAUGGCUAAGAACGCAGAAUAGAGCAACAUAUGAAGCCUUAAAUCGCUAUUUAAAAUUUCUGAAAACUACAAAGAAUAUACUCAACAAAUUUCACGGCAAGAUGUAGUUUAGUUUGUUGAAUAUAACAUGAAUAUGAGAUAAAAUCAAGAAUCGUAACAUGCAGGUGCGGAUAAGUUUUUUCUUCACUCCCAUUUUUUUUUUUUUGGAAACAGGGUGAAAUUCCUUGUAGCAACCGCCAUCUCCGAGAAUGAAAGUAAGCGUAAUUGGGUGUGAAUAGUGUUACGUUGUACAGUGAUAAACUCGAAUAAUCUUAUUAUUAGGUAUUGUUACAGUUUGGUCAGUGUCAUUAGAUUCAAUCGCUAAGUUAAACUUCAUUUCAACUAGAACCAUGUUUUACAAGAGACGUUUUUUUCAAACUUCUUUAAAUCUUUGAUUAUCACUAUUUCACGCGCUCUGGGCGAGGAUUGUGUUUUUAUAGCGUAAUCCGCUCGGCCUGAACGGCAUAUUAAGAGCUUAUGUUCUUCUCUUAAACAAACACAAUAAAAAUAAUCAAAAAAAUUUUUCCCCGAUAAAGGAAAUGAAAUUUGUAUUCAAUAACGAGGAAACAUAUUUGAACUAUGAGCUUCAUUUGAAUUAAAAAGCAGAUGAAUCUUUUCAUAAUUUAAAAAAAAUGAACUAAAAUUAUUUUAUUUAAAUCAAUGACCAUGCAAUCCUUUUUUGACAAUUUUUUCAGUGUCUACAAAGUUUAAAAAAAUCGGUAUCUCAAAUGCUGCCAAAUGCAAAAGUUUUACUUAUUCUGAAGUAGCGAUAUCAGUGAUUUCAAUGAAGUUUUUACCUUGAAAAAAGUACACUAAACCUGAAAGAAAACUGUCCUUAUAUGGUUGUCUUAAAUUAUGUAACUACUCGACGAUUGUCUUUUUCAUGUUAAUUUGUUGUAUAAUUGUGUAUUUUUUUCUUUUUUAAAUAAAUAUUAAUUCAGUCUAUGAUGAAAUGA